AUUUAAUGUUAAUGUGAAUCAUGACCAUUGACUCCAAUACCCAUCUUAUUAGUUUAUAACUCAAGGCUUUGAUUAAAACCAAGACCUCCACUUUUCCUCAACUAGAACUCCUCUUAGCAAGGAGCAACUUUAUGAGUAUGGAGUUCCAAAGGGAGUACCUGGAUUUGAUUUUGGUCCCUAGUGGGUUGCUCAUCAUGUUUGCUUAUCACCUCUUUCUGCUAUACAAAUAUGUCAAUCGCCCUCACACUACAGUCAUGGGAUUUGAGAAUGAUGACAAGAGAACUUGGGUUGCAAAAAUCAUGCAGGCUGAAAACAAGGAUGUUAAAACAGCUUUGUCUGUCCUUCAAAGCCACUCAUCAACUGCUACAUUCUUGGCCUCAGUCUCUUUGACUCUUUGUGCUCUUAUUGGAGCUUGGAUUGCCAACAAUUCUAGUGUUUUCUUCCAGAGCCAAUUAAUCUAUGGUGACACAAGACCAACCACCAUUUCUAUCAAGUACAUUUGCCUCCUAAUCUGCUUCCUCCUUGCUUUCUCAUGCUUUGUUCAGUCAGCAAGGCACUUUGUUCAUGCAAACUACUUGAUAAGCAUGCCAGAUAGUUUUGUCCCAGUGAGUAGUGUGCAGCUUGCAGUUGUGAGGGGAAGUGAUUUUUGGUCACUUGGUCUAAGAGCACUCUAUUUUGCUCUUGACUUGCUUCUUUGGUUUUUUGGGCCAAUGCCCAUGUUUGUUUGCUCAGUGGCUAUGGUGCUGGUUCUCCAUUAUCUUGACUCAAAUUCAAGGCCAUUGCACUCUACUAUGAUGCCAGUUUCAUAUGGCAAAAUGAGGCCUUGACAUAAAUUAAUAAGGAACUCGCAAUAUUUCUUAAUGAAGAACAAAUUUGGUAA